GUCAAUAAAGUUGCAGCGUUUGACUUUGCGGCGGACAACAUGGCGGCCUCCAUGCUAGGCUGGCUGCUGCGGAGCGUCCGGCAGAUGGUCCCUGCAUCCGCCUCCGGUCAGGUUCGAGGUUACUACGUAGACUGGAGAAUGCUGCGUGAUGUGAAGAGACGGAAAAUGGCCUACGAGUAUGCAGACGAGAGGCUACGGAUCAAUUCGCUCAGGAAGAACACCAUCCUGCCCAAAAUCCUUCAGGACGUGGCCGACGAAGAGAUCGCUGCCCUUCCCCGGGACAGCUGCCCCGUGCGGAUCAGGAACCGGUGCGUGAUGACGUCCCGGCCACGUGGAGUGAAGCGGCGCUGGAGGCUCAGUCGAAUUGUCUUCCGUCACCUGGCCGACCACGGACAGAUGUCCGGGGUCCAGCGCGCGAUAUGGUGACCCGCUCAGAGCCCGUGGGGCGUCCAGGGAAACCGGCUGUGACAAAAGACUUCGUUCUAAGACAAAAACCCUUUUCCCAUCCAGUAUGGGAAUCUAUCUGCCUGAUGCCGUUACUUUUAAACUUUCAAUGAAGACAUUUGGAUGGUCCAUCCUGUUAGCGAAUUCUCUUUCCUGUUGGACUACAUUAAAUACACUGUUCUCAUGCAUGGUGCAGAGUAAUAAAAAUACCUUCUGUGAAAACAG